AUGAGCGACUCAACCAACGAGGCAGUGAUGGAAUCAGCAUCGUCGGCCUCCUCUCCGAUUAAGAGACGGAAAAUUUCAGAUGGCACCAAGCUUCCGAUGGAUAUGAUCAUGGAGAUACUCAAACGAGUACCGGUAGAAACCUUAGGGUACUGGUGCGUAUCGAAGCCCUUGGCAUCAAUCAUACGCAACCGUCACUUCAAGAAACUGUUCCUCGCCCACUCUUCUUCACGACCAGGUCGUUUUUUCGUCUCCUUCGGAUGUAAAGAUGGUUGUCAUUUACUCUCUUCGCCACUUCCAAACCAAACCCACCCAGGUGAAGAAGGAGACACCUUAUCUGUAGCUGCUACUUACCAUAUGAAACUUCCUUCACGUCUUCGCAAACCCAAAGCUUCCUGGAUUCACGGUUUGAUUUGCUAUGAAUCUUUUCAGCAUCUUCGUUCUACACUUAAGGUAUACAAUUCCACCACCCGUAGAUCCACCACAUUGCCUGAUUUUGAUGAACCAAGAUCCAUCAUCACACACAUGUUGGGCUAUGAUCCUGUCGAUGGUGUUUACAAAGUUUUGCGUAUGAGCUCAAGGAAUGAUGAAAUGGCGCCACAAGUACCUAAGCGUAUUUUUGAGGUUUUGACAUUGGGAGAUGAUCAUUCCACCUGGAAGAUGAUUCAAGAGUGUCCUUGUUAUAUGCCUUUCGAUAGCCAUAUCUGCAUUGAUGGUGUUUUGUAUUACUAUGCUUGUGUUGUUGACCAAGGUCUGGAGAAGGAAGCUGCUCUUGUGAGUUUUGAUCUUAGGUCUGAAAAAUUUGGUCUUAUCAGAGAAUCUCUUGAUUGUCCGCUUGAGAAGAAAAAAAACCUUGGUGGUAAGGUAUGA